AUGGGCGUUGACAAAACUUCCAAUCCGAAUGUGGUCGACAAAGGAGCCACAGCUGCUAAUACCAACCCAAGCUGGAUGUCACUAUUCGGGUUCACAACUCGAAGGCAUCUACCGACUCUCGUAGUAGGGUCCGUCUUUGCUCUAGUUGCUAGUGGUGUCACACCGGCGCUUGCAAUAUUCCUGGGCAAUGUUUUCGACUCAUUUACAUCUUUCGGGGCAGGUUUGACCGAUUCUCAGGGCCUUCAGGACCAAAUUAUCAAGAAUUGUUUCGGUAUGGUCGGGCUGGGAGCGGCAGGCUGGUUCUUGAAUGGUGCAUACUAUGCAUUGUUCGUUGCGUUUGGGGAGAUGCAGGCUUCUUCUAUCCGCAGCGAAGUAUUCAUAGAAUUACUGAAGUGCGAUAUUGAGUGGUUUGAAGCUCAAAGUGAAGGCUCCGGGGCAUUCUUGUCGAGUGUUCAAGCUCACGUUCACGAAAUGCAGAUGGCAACAUCGCAGCCUCUUGGGCUGAUCCUGCAAUACUCAUUCCGAUCACUGGCCUCGCUAGGUUUGGGAUUCUACACAUCGUGGAGCCUGUCGCUGGUUACUCUGGCUGGAAUUCCUAUUUUCUCGUCGGCUAUCGGAUUUAUUUCCUCGAAAAUGAAAUACAGCAUACAAGCGCAGCAGGACGAGCUUACCGAAGCUUCCAAAGUUGCAAACAACGCCAUCACCAAUAUUGACACAGUCAAAUGCCUGAAUGGACAAGCACUAGAGCAUGUGAAUUUCUCGAGCCGCAUUGAAAUUUCUGCCAUACACUAUCUCCGACAAGCUCGGCUGAAUUCCCUUCAAAUUGCCUUCAUCCGAUGGAUGAUGUUCGGAAUGUUUGUUCAGGGGUUCUGGUACGGGAGCUCACUCGCCAGAUCCGGUCAACUUUCAUCUGGUGAAGUUCUGAGGAGUUUUUGGGCUUGCUUGACCGCAGCACAGUCAAUUGAACAGGUGCUACCACAGAUGAUUGUGAUGGAGAAGGGGAAAGUCGCCGGUGUUGCUCUGAAAUCAAUCAUUCAGUGCAGAAGAGACACAGUUGUAAGCGGGAUUAAGGGACGGUACCCGGAACACUGCGAGGGUAACAUAGAGGUCAAAAAUAUUUCUUUUGCAUACCCUAGUCAGCCAGAUCAAUGCGUUCUCAACUCAUGUAGCUUUUCUUUCCCAGCUGGCGAAACAAUAUUCGUCAUCGGAAAGAGCGGCUCUGGUAAAAGUACUCUCAGUCAACUGCUGAUGAGGUUUUAUUUGCCAAAAUCAGGCGAGAUCUUGAUAGACCGCAAUCCGGUACAAGAGCUUGAUAUCAAUUGGAUUCGCAACAACAUCACUCUCCUGGAGCAAAAAAGCGUAUUGUUCAAUGAGUCUGUGCUAACGAACAUCGCCUUUGGUCACCAAAACUAUGAAACCGUCACCAAGUAUGACGCUCAAGAUUCCAUUGACCUGGCAAUGCUCCAAAACACGAUAGAUGGUCUUCCAUUGGGAAUCGACACUUGUGUUGGCCCCGGUGGAAGCUUCUUGAGUGGUGGCCAGAGACAGAGAGUGGCAAUUGCCAGAGCAAAGCUACGGGACACACCAAUCCUGAUCUUGGAUGAACCAACCAGUGCUCUUGAUCAUACAAACCGAGUCGCGGUGGUGAAAGCAAUUCGUGAGUGGCGAAAAGGAAAAACAACUAUCAUCAUCACGCACGACAUGUCACAGAUUAUGGCCAAGGACUUUCUCUACAUUCUUGAACAGGGCUCGAUCGUGAAAUCGGGAUACAGAUAUGCCGUCGAAGUAAGCCCGGGGAGUGACAAAUUUUUCAAACCGAAGAUCACAAGUGAUCUGGAAAACCAAGGCCAAAAGAUCAAGCGAGCUUUGGAGGAUUCGGACAUUGGACGCGCCAAAUAUUCUGAACCCUUGGACGCUUUGCUACCUCCAAUGGCUCUACGUGGACAUCGUCGUUCCAGCACAUCUUGGGCCCAGGGUCACAUUCCACCAAGUCUCCGCUCCAGCUCACUAGACAUAACCUCAAGAAGAAGUUCAGAGUAUAUAGCCAGGUCCGGAGAACCCCAAGCACUGUCUUUGCGUGAUUGGACCCAGCGAGUGUCUUUUAUGACAGACGAUAUAAGCUCUCAGCGCGACUCAAGAGAAAUUCCAAUUCAGUUCUCACCGGAAGAGGUUGAGAUGACUCCAAUCGAUGGUUGCAGGUCGCAAUUUGAUCGAAAUACUCACGAUCGCACCCAUAUUGUGAAAGAUUCUGCAGACACAAAAAGCCACCGAAGACAGGGCCGCCGUUCAAAAAGGCCAAAGAAGCAGCACAGGCUGAAAGACGGAAUUCCACCACUCUCUCAUAUAAUGGGUACUAUAAUCCCAAGUCUUACUUUGAAGCAGCGUGUACUCCUUUUUUUGGGACUCACAGCGUCGCUGGCUCAUGCAAGCGCCACCCCUACAUUUUCAUAUUGCCUCUCGCAGUUGUUCGGAACAUUUUAUGCCGGUACCAAUAGUGAGCACUUAACAAUGACAUGGUCUCUUGCUGUAUUGGGAGUAUCUUUCGGAGAUGGUCUUGCGUCGUUCUUCAUGCACUAUUUUCUAGAACUAUGCGGCGAGGCCUGGAUGGAUAGCUUCAGAAAGAAUGCUUUCGAACGCAUUCUCGACCAGCCGAGGGCUUGGUUUGAGAAGGAUGGUAAUGGGUCUCUUAAACUCACAUCAUCGCUUGACCAAAAUGGGGAGGAUAUGCGCAACUUGUUGGGCCGCUUCGCCGGCUUCGUCGUCGUUGCUGCGGCGAUUACCGUCAUUUCCAUCGUCUGGAGCUUGGUUGUUUGUUGGAAGUUGACACUUGUUGCUCUUUCUUGUGGGCCGGUGAUUUACAUCAUCACUCGUGGCUUCGAGGGAACCAAUGGCCUAUGGGAAAGGCGAUGUAAUGAUGCGAAUAAUGUUGCGGCCGAUGUUUUCACAGAGACAUUUUCAGAGAUCCGCACUGUGAGAACGCUAACUCUGGAAGGUCACUUCCAUCGCAAACAAGCUAAUGCUACUGCGCGGUGUUUGUUGCUUGGGUUGAAACGUGCCAUCUACACAGGCAUGUUGUUCGGCAUGGUGGAAUCGACUGUCAUAUUCUCCAGCGCUUUGAUUUUCUAUUAUGGAGCAGUAGUCGCAGCGUCUGGGGAGUUCAAUGUGAACGACGUGAUGAUGGUGUUCUCGAUGCUCCUUUUCAGCAUCGGGUAUGCAGCACAAAUCCUCUCGUGGAUUCCGCAAAUUAACACUUCUCGUGAAAUUACGACAAAACUUAUUGCUCUUGCGAAUCUCCCACGAGAUGGAUCGCAUGAGCACACUGGCACCCUGACGGUUCCAAAGUUGACCCCAAUCAAGCUCACUAAUGUGAACUUCCGCUAUCCAUCUCGGCCCAAGACAUUGGUGUUGAAAAAUGUGUCUAUUUCAAUCCCACGCAACUCAUGCACGGCGCUUGUGGGACGAUCGGGAUCGGGGAAAUCUACGAUCGCGUCGCUCCUAGUAGCACUCUAUGAAGCCCCAAUUUCUGAAACUGGACGACCGACGGUGACACUCGGAGGUGCAGACAUUCUUCGAUUGCAAGUUCCCACCCUCCGCUCACAGAUCUCCAUAGUGUCACAACAACCCACGAUCUUCCCCGGCACAAUUUAUGAGAAUAUCAUAUACGGCGUUGAUCCGCACAGCCCGCUGGCCACAUCCCACAGUGUUCGCGUCGCCGCCCAAGGAGCCGGAAUCGAUGACUUUAUCUCCUCCCUUCCACGAAGCUACAACACAGUCAUCGGGGACGGCGGUGUCGGUCUUUCGGGUGGUCAGAAACAACGCGUAGUUAUUGCACGGGCACUCUUGCGUCAACCUCAAAUCUUGAUUCUGGACGAAGCCACUUCUAAUCUGGAUCCUGCCGGCGCGGAGAUCGUGCGUCAAACAGUGCGGCGGUUGGUCGCAACGCGCCGUGGGCUUACUGUUAUCAUCAUCACGCACGCCAAAGAAAUGAUCGAGAUUGCGAAUCAUGUCGUUGUUCUUGACCAGGGAGCUGUCGUCGAAGAUGGACCAUAUGAAAAAUUGGCAAUGAGGAUCGGAGGCAAGUUGCAUGCUUUAAUCAGUGACCCUGAAGAAGCUGGGCCAUAA